CCCACUGUCUGACCAACUGCCUGCAGCAUGUAAAUGUUGGCUCUUCUUAUCCAGUACGAGAAAGAAAAAAGAACGAUUGCUUUAAUCUCUUCAUGUAACUUUUGAUAAAUCAGCUGUUCACAGAGGUUAAGCAUGGCUCACCGCCUGUUUGAGGGCAAGAAGCAUGCUGCUGCUUACUUAAAGUACAGGAUCUCUCCACCAGAACAAAUUAUACAACAGGUCCUUGGAUUCCUGGAAAAAUGGAAAGCUCGUCCUUUUGAGCUGGCAGUGGAUGUGGGUUGUGGCCCAGGACAGGGUACUUUGCUUCUGGCCAAACAUUUUGCUUCUGUGGUGGGGACAGAUGUGAGUCCUGCCCAGCUAGAAUUGGCUUUGCAGUAUGCUCUGGAGGCAAACAUCACAUAUAGAGAGUGUGCAGCCGAGGAGCUGCCGUUUGCUGACAGCUCAGUGGACCUGGUGACAGCCAUGACUGCGUUCCACUGGUUUGACAGGCCACGCUUUCUCCAGGAGGCCCACAGAGUCCUGAAGCCCCGCGGCUGCCUGGCUCUGCUCAGCUACACCAUGGACAUGGAGCUCAGCUACGAGGACUGCUGCUCGCAAACACUCAACCAAGUCUGCAGAGAGUUUUAUGCAGCUUUAAAACUUUACCGCAACCCUCAUCUUGGUCCCAGCUCUCUUGAGUUGUACCGGGAGACAUAUGAAUCCAUCCCUUACCCUGACAAGGAGUGGCAAGAGUGUGUGAGAGUGAGAAAGGCCAUGCCUCUGUCCAGCUACAUGGGGAUGGUGGAGUCUUUCUCCAGUUAUCAGGCUCUUUUGAGAGAUGACCCACAGAAGGCCACACAACUCUCCCAGGACACCUGUCAAAAGCUGAUGUCUGUGAUGCAGGUGACCUCAGCAGAGGCAGAGGUGGUGGUGACUGUGAAGUAUUACUACCUGCUGGCCUGUAAACCAGAGGAGGCCUGAGUCCACCUCACACUUUCAGCACCAGUCAUGAACAUCACGGACACAGAAAAUCUUUGUGUGAGGCUGUUUUAUAAAAUACCACUAGAGGGUGGCAUUGAUCAAGAGUCUAUGUGAUUAUUGAAUCUCUGUAUUAAAGGUCCUGUUUUUAAUAUUUAGGUGAAAGGGAACUAUUGUGAGAAAUUUAAUGUAGAAUAAUCCUCAUGAUGUUUUCACUAGUUCAUUUUCUUAACCCCAGAAAAGGCCCUUUAUAUUUAAAUACUUUAUAUUUACAUCGAGGGGACCCUCUUUACGGAGGCCGCCAUGUUUUUUACAUUAGUCCAGACUGGAUAAACUAAACACCUUUUGAGUUUUUAUGACAAUUGAAGGCUACCACAGUUUCUUUUCCAUGUUUGAAAGGAGAGGGUGAGGUGAGGGGUGUUCAGCUGCGACAUGGAAUUUCAACAGUAGAUAUCACAAAAUUCUACACACUGUACCUUUCAUUGUCCAUCUUCAUUUUGCUGGCAUUUUUUAUCUCUUUUUGAAACCCAUCUUAAUUGAGGCAUAAGACUUCAUUCAAUGGGCUUCAUCAACAUAACCGCAGACAGAUAUAUUCUCUUUAUUUGU